AUUGCGUACCUGUGUGCAUCACCAAGUUUCAUAUCACAAAAAUCAAUUUGUGACUUCGUGAAAUUUUUUAAUUUCCAAGGAAGACGACUUAAAAGUCAAUCAAACUUCGCUCACCAGUGACUGUGUGUAUAAAUUUGAACCUCUUGGAUUAAUGUGUAUUUUUGGCUUUAGAAACCAAAGAAAUUCAGUGUUUGAGGCUUCUAAAAGGGAUUUCUUUAAACUUUAUACAUAUAUUUACCAUUCAUAAAUGAAUUGUAUGCUGAAUGCACUUUUAAAGUGCUUCAAAUAUUUACACUGUGUAUUAAUCUAAAAAUGAGCUGAGAAAAAAAUAAUUCAAGAGUGCGUUCAUUUCGCUGGGGAAGGCCUUUUGGAGAGAUGGGUGACCUCUGGGGUAACUCCGAGAGACCUACGCUAUUGCCGAAGCUAACUGAUACUUACCAAGACUUUUCUCAGAGGGAAAUAAAAGUGUUCACACAGGAUUAUGAUAAUAAUAGUGAUAGAAAUGGACAUGUUAAAAUGCCUGUAUUGUUGCAAGGGGUCCAAGAUGACAUUCGGGUUUUAAGGGAACAAAUUGCCAACAACAAAGGGGGAACAAUCAGUAUUCAGGACCUCGAGUCGGCUCUGGUCAAAACAGAGGAGGGACUACAGGCCAAAACAGAACAGGUGAUAAAUCAGUACAAUAACCAGGUGAGAACUCUACCGAACCAGGAGGCCAGCAGAUUUGACAACAAUGUGGUUGCCAUCGAGACAACAUGGGAUAUGCGGAAUCAAAAGAGUGCUGACCCCCGCAAGAUAUCAGCCCAUUUCUUGGGAAGAGAGAGGAUGCGACAGCCCCAAGCUUCUCGCAACAAUGCUCUGCUCCCCAAACGACAGAGUGUUCAAAUGCCAGGGCCUACCCCUGGCCAGCAAACCAAGCACAUGCUGACCUUGAGAGCUGUCCUUGACCCCCAAAGUAACAUGAACCGGCAAACUCUGAAUGAAAACUUUGGAAUCCAGCUUCCUUUGAUUAACUCUAAGCAGACUUCCAAGCCCGCCUACAGCAAACCCAUCAUAGGCAGUACUAUAGAACCUCUCGCUGUUCUACCAAAAGCCAAUAGAGUGGAUGCUCAGCUGGCUCCACCCCCAAUCACAGAGGAGGAUGCCAGGAAGGGGAUAAUGAGUUUGAUAGAGAGGGGGCUGAUCCCCCCAGCUGCUCAGCUGACCCUGGAUCCCUCCCCGGUCAGGAACAGGAUCGCCCCCCUACACGAACCUCAAGUCAGACACAGACCCCCACAAACAGAGGCAGUUUCCCUGCUCUCUGGAGUCAAGCUUGACCCAGCCACCAUGAAGCAUGAUGCCUCCAAGAUGCCUGCUGUACCCCCUCACCCCAAAUCUGCCUCCAGCAGUAUCACCGAGACCAGGACACCCUCCGCAAAGACACGGGUCACCUCGUCGUCCUUGCGCCAAGUCAAAACCCCAGCCACGCUAAAAACCUACGAAAUGCCAAUACAGCCACUGCCUAAAAAUCGUGAGCCACCACCCACCACUCCUGCCAGCGGAGACUUUAAGCAGCUGUCCCACCGCUUUGCCAUUCAGAAUGGUCGUACCAGGGACAGCUCCUCCGAGUUCAUUGCGUUCAAGCAGCACUACUGUCUCACCUGGGGAAGCAUAGUUACUAUGAUCAAACACAUAGAGAAGAUGCUGACCAGCUAUGCUGUUCCCGUCGCCUUUGUCAAUGGAGACAGAUUAGCAGACCUGGCCAUGGAGUUUGAGUUGGAGAGGCCCCCUACAGUAGAUGACCUAUUGACCGUUAUCAUCAACAGGGAGGACGUAGAGGCCCUGAUAGGCAGACCAGGCCGCAGAUUUAAAGGUCCACGUGGAAAGGACUUAGCUGCCACAAGAAUCCAGUCCUCCUGGAGAAUGUUCAAGGAUCGGUCGGAGUAUCUGGAGUAUAGGAGAAGGAAGUGGGCCUCUGGUGUCAUAGCAAUAUCCUGGAUUAUGCAUGUCAAGAUGUCAAAGGUCAAAGUCAAACUAAAAGUGUCAAGAGAGGAGCAUCUAGAAAACUUUAGAAGAAGAGCACGAAAACUUGCCAUGUCUUGGGACCGAAUCAAACAGCAUCGUAGAACAGUUAUACACAUUCCAUCAUUAGGCCUGUCACAAGACAUCAGGGAUAGUAUCAACGAGUUUGGAAUCAGACAGAACACCCAGAUGGCUCGCCUCUGUGACAUAAGAGAUCCCAAUGUGGACGUGAUCUUUGUGUCACCGGUCCCCCUGAGUGAGGAGACCCUGCAGUAUUAUUCCAAACUUCUAGGUCUGAAGUCUGCUGUGGAGUCAGGGGUGGUAGAGGACCAGUGUGACAUGGGGGAGAAAUACAAGAUCAUUGUCCCUGAGGCCAUCAAGAGCUUCCCGGCCCACAGAAUGUGUCUGUCUACUCUCCUGAAGUACAGCCCCCGGACUUUGAAGCGUAUCAAGCACCUGAUCAAGGGCUGUGAUGCUUACAUAGUGACGGGGGUCCCCCACAAGGAUGAUCUGUCCGUGGCGGAUUACCUGGACGUCCCCAUCCUGUCCCCAGAGCCUGAGGUAGCUCACCUUUACUCCACCAAGUCUGGCUGUAAGAGGGUGUUUGCCAGUGCUGGAGUGGAGGUUCCACCGAGUGAGUUUGAUGUUUACAGUAUUGGACAGCUCCAUGAGUGUCUGGCUCAGCUGGUAACAGAGAACUUGACUGUGAAGCGGUGGCUGUUCAAACUGGACGAUUGUUACGACGGAAGAGGAAUAGGAUACUGUGACAUUGCGGAGCACCUGGAGUGUUACCAGUGGGCACUGAAGGAAUCCAGGAGAUACGGAGAGAAAUGGAACAAAAAGUGGGCUCAGGAAGCAGCCUACAUCAAGAUCCAUGCAGAAAUUGCUGAUGUCCUGGCAAAAUAUGCAAGACCAGUACAUGAAGAGCUGUAUGAAGACUGGUCCAAGUUCUUGGAUGCAUUUUUAAGUCAAGGCGGUGUCAUUGAAGCCACACCUCCUUCAGACAGUAUCACCUCACUGACGGUAGACAUGCUGAUAGAACCUACAGGUCGGGCCAAUGUCCUAUGUAUGGGUGACCAGAUUCACGCGGAGACCCCCUUCUCCUGCUGGGGGGUGUCCAUGCCUCAGUCCUCAGUGGAACCUGACGUCCUCAAUGCAGCCUGCAAAAAAGUGGCAGAAGCUUGCAAGUCCAGGGGCAUUAUUGGAUAUCUGUCCGUGGACUUUGUCACUUUUAUUGAUUCUAAGACAAAUGAUCAAAAGUUGUGGGCCUUGGAUCUGAGUCUCCAUUACAGUGACAGUUUAGCCAUGUUCCAGCUGAUGUCCUACGUCAGUAAUGGCAAGCUGGACCUGAGCACCCACACCUUCAAUGUUCCGCCACCACCACAAGUGCAGAAGAAGCGACGACGUAGGUUAGCUGGUCAGGACGAUGAACCACCACCUAACACGAGUCGUUACGCAGUGAUGAGCACACGGCUACUUCACACCAAUCUGGCAGUAGUACACUACAGCGUCUUCUUCCAGAUGUGUAGAGCCCAUGGUAUUGGUUAUGAUAUCAAGGAAAAACAAGGAACAGUAUUUACCCUCCUAGAUAGUUUCAACAGAGAGCAUUUGGGCAUGCUAACAAUUGGGGACAAUCUGCAAGGAGCCCUAGCAACAUUUGCCAGAAACAUGUCAGUUAUACACCAAGAAAUAUCAGCACCAAACAUGCAGGGAGAAACCAACUUCAAGCUUGCAAUAACGGACAUUGAGAGCAUUCUGGGAACAACUGUAGAAAAUGCUGAGGACACUGAGGCAGAGUAAGGGGAUGAUGGCCAAAGAGUAAAGGAAGACACAAAUCUAAGUCAGGAUUAUUCCAACCAAUUGAAAUAACAGGCAAUGUGAUUUGCAUAAUUGCAUUUUCAGUGAGCAUUUAUAUAUUUGCUAACAGACUAAAUGAUGCUAUGAAUGCAGAUGUUUAUCAUCUUCUUUGUAAAUGAAAUAUGCAUGUGACAACACUAAGUAUUUGUAUGUAAAUUAUCAUGUUAUUAUGCAUGUACCUAUAGUAUUGGGCACAUGCAGAGCUUAUAUGAAUAAUUCUAUGAAUUGAAUAUAUGUAUCACUAUAAUGUAUGUGAUGCUGCAUACUGCAUUAACUUAUAGAAUAAGCAAAGGGAAAGAACUAGAACAGUGGGCAUCAGUUAUCUAAAUGAAUUCAAUGUCAUUCAAAUAAUCUUAAAAUUAAGUGCAUUUAAAUAUACUUUUUUAUUCUGACAUUUUGUAUCAAUUUUGAGACAUUUCUCAAAUUUAAGUUUGUAAAAUAUUGCAUAUUAGAUAUAUUAAAUUACACCUGAUUGUUUAAAUGCUUUAAUUCCUUGGCCUGUUGUCGGCCUGGUAUACUGCUCAUAGAGUGAAAUUCACAUCCGUCCAUCAUCUGGUGCUGUCCACACUGACUGGAUUUACAAGUCAAUUCAUCGUCCUUGAUUUUUUUUAUUUGUAUUUUUAUGUUGAUUAUUGGGGAACAUCCUUGGCCAUUUGUGCCACUCCAUGUUUUUUGUUACCUGUAGUUGUAAAUGUUGCAAUAACUUUACAGACUGUGAUAUUUUUAAAUUUUUGUUUAUAUGUCUAAUUAUGUUUUGUGUACUAUAGUUAUCAUAUUUUAUGUCAAAGUACAGGGUCUGAAAAAAAAACUUAGAUAGGUAGUAACAAAUAUUCAAUGACAUGUUCAUUAUUUGAUUCUUUAAGAAACCUCAAAAAUCUAAUCUUUAAAAUCCUGAUGCACUUACAUUAAGAUACCAAAUAUGCACUUAACAUGAUAAUUGCAUAAUGUAUUCAUCUUAUGCUUAACAAUGAAUGAAAUAACUGUGUGGCCUUAAAGUAUAUAUAUUUAUCUAAUGCAAUCGCAUGUAUUUACUCUGUUUUAAGACACAAACAAUAAUGUUAUAAUUUUGCACUGCUUUGACAGUACCAGCAUUUAUGCUGUAUUUUAUUGAAGAUGAACAUGUAUAUCGAUACAUGGAGAUUGUUAUGUAUAUUGUCUUGGUUGUACUGUUGAAGUUAUUUGUAUUCAUAAUAAACUAAGAAACACA